UGUUUGUUUUAGGAACUGAGGAGGCCAUAAAGCUUCUGAUCCUCUGAGUGUGUGUGAACAUUAAGGAAAUUUAAAUUUUGUUCUAGAGUCCCCUAAGUAAUGGACAAUCAAAGUAGGUGCAUUUCAAAGAAACGCAAGAAGUUUCAAAAGAUGAAAAAUCAAAGUUCUUAAGGGUGCAUCUUCUUAAACAAGCCAAGAAGGACUCAGUCAGUGAGAGGACUGAUGUGUAAGAAGGGAAGAUGCUGGAAAGGAGGGGGAGGCCCUGAGAACAGACACCAUAAAGUAUUAAUCACUGCCCGCCUUAAUUAGCCUAUAGACUCCAACAGUAGGGAACACAAUUUUAUUUCUUGGGAAUCACAAAUAACCCAGUUUCAUUCACAAGUUUUUUCCCAACUUCCAAAACUGCUUAUCUGUUUCACAUUUGCACAGAAAAAGUCUUAAUUACCAAAACCACAUUGAUAUGUUUAUUUUCAUUUUAAUUCAGUCCAAAAUACUUUAAUUUCUGAUUUGAUUUCUUCUUUGACCCAUGAGUUGUUGAAAAGUGCGUUAUUCAGUUUUCAAACACCGACAUCAAUUUGGAAUUUAGGUUUCUCUUUCAUUGUUCUAGCCUUGUGUUUCCCCCUAAUAUUUAUACAGGAAAAUUCCAUCCUCUUUCUGUUACUUUCCUUCAAACAGAACCUGGAUAUUUAUUUUCCUUCAUAUUGAGGAGAGUCAGCUUCCCGGGGCAGAUCUCUAUCUUUGACUUGCCUCUAACUGAAGAUUAUAUAUGGGAUGGUCCUAGCAUUCAAGGCUUCCCACAACCUGGACUAAACGUAACUUUCCAGUGCUGGCCUAUGUGUCUUCAUUAUAAGUGUCAACGCAGCUAGAUAAUUUUCCAUUUCCCAAAAACAUUUGAUUCUGUUCGUUUUGUUCUCUAUGAGAGAUCCUCUCUUCCCCAACCCCUCCUGGAAACCACCAUUCAACACAUUUUAAAUGUUGCCUAUUCCGUGAAGAUUUUUUCUGGUCUCUCAAUGUGCUUUCUUUUACUGAAAAUCUUCACAGCUCUUUUAUUUUUAAAAUUUUUAAAUACUGUCUCUUAUUGCCUUUGUAACAUCAAGGUCAUUCACUUUCUUAUCCCUCUUGUUGGAAUCUAAGUCCUUCCCUCCAGGCAGGCAGCGGCCCACCCUGGGCCCUCCGUGCAUGUCUGCUGAAACAAACGAAUUGUGGUCUCUCCCUUUCCUGGAUGCCUGAUUGAUUAAUAUUUUAGACUUUGCCAGGAUGGGAACAUUCCAAGGUAGGAAAGGAUACUGGAGCAAGAGAGACUUUAAGGAAGUUUUAGGAGUCUCUGUUCUUGAUUAUUUCACAGACAUACGCUGACAGAGGGGAAAGAAUUCAUAGCCGCAGAAUGUGGGCUUCUCAAAGAAGACCUUGUUUUCUCUUUUUCCAGGACCCUGCAGUGAUGGAAGCAUCCCAUGCGGGUCAAGGCCUCUUUCAUGAGCUCAUUAACUCUUUAUAGGAGACGAAAUCACUGACUAAUAGAGUGAUUGUACAAGAAUCAACGUAAAUAUUAAUGAGGAAAAUGCCAGUUUUCUUGCACCACCACCCACUACAGGCCUAUAUAAGGUCUAGAGGAGAGGCAAGGUUUCAGCUUCAGGCAAAUCCGGCCGUGGGCAAGGCAGGGGUCUGGCCUCUUAGCACCAUGUCUUCCAACUGCUGCAGGUCUCUCCUCAGUGGGCACGUGUCAGAGGCCAAGGCUGCCUCCCUGUGCCUCUCGGCCACCCUGGCACAUGCCAACCAAGUCUGCGUGGGGACGACCCCUCUGGGCCGACCCAGCCUCUGUCUGCCCCACAGCUGCAACGCUGCUUGCCCCUUGCCAGGGACCUGCGACAUUCCUGGCGACAUUCCUGGCAACAUUGGCAUCUGUGGGACCUACGGCGAAGGCACCCUGAACAGCCAUGAGAAGGUGACCAUGCAGUUCCUGAACAACCACCUGGCCAACUACCUGGAGAAGGUGCGCCAGCUGGAGCGGGACAACGCGGAGCUGGAGACCAAGAUCCUAGAGUCGAGCAAAUGCGAUGAGUCCAGCGUGUGCCCGGACUACCAGAACUACUUCCGGACCAUGCAGGAGCCCCAGCAGAAAGGUGAGAUCCUGUGCAUCAAAACUGAGAACAACAAGCUGGUCGUGCAAAUAGACAACACCAAGCUGGCUGCAGAUGACUUCAGGACCAAGUUCCAGACAGAGCACUCGCUCCGCCAGCUGGUGGAGGCCGAAGUCUGCAGCCUGCGCAGGGCGCUGGACAACCUCACACUCGCCAAGUGUGACCUGGAAGCCCAGCUCGAGUUCCUGAAGGAGGAGCUGCUCUGCCUCAAGAAGAACCAUGAGCACGAAGUCCACACUCUGAAGUGCCAGCUGGGGGAUAAGCUCCGGAUUGAGCUGGACACUGAGCCCCCCGUGGACCUGGGCAGGGUGCUGGGGGAGAUGCGGUGCCAGUACGAGGCCAUGGUGGAGACUAACCGCCACGACGUGGAGCAGUGGUUCCAAGCUCAGUCUGAAGGCAUCAGCCUGCAGGCCACAUCCUGCUCCGAGGAGCUUCGGUGCUGCCAGUCAGAGAUCCUGGAGCUGAGAUGCACCGUGAACGCCCUGGAGGUGGAGCUUCAGGCUCAGCACACACUGAAAGACUGUCUGCAGAACUUCCUGCAUGAGCCCGAGGCCCGCUACAGCACCGAGCUGGCCCAGAUGCAGGGCCUGAUCAGCAACGUGGAGGAGCAGCUGUCCGAGAUCCGGGUGGACCUGGAGCGGCAGAACCAGGAGUACCAGGUGCUGCUGGACGUCAAGUCCCGGCUGGAGGGCGAGAUCGCCACCUACAAGAACCUUCUGGAGAGUGAGGACGGCAAGCUCCCCUGCAACCCGUGCACGACCCCGGUCUCCAGCACGCCCUGCCCAGCCCCUGCAGCCUCUCCCUGCUGCUCUCCCUGCCUUUCCAGGCCUCCUCGGGCCACCUGUGGGCCCCGCUCAUUGCCUCGACGCUGACCUCCUCCUCAGUGUGAGGUGCUGGGACACGGGAACUGUUGCAGCCCCUUUGGCUCCAGGCUCCGGGCUCCAGGCCUGCCCCCGAGGCCUUUCUGCCUCAGCGAGCCGGCAGUGCUUCUCUGUCGAUGGGCUUUCCAGUCCAGCGGCUCACUCCUGGCCCCUGGAUUUGUGCUUCCUCUCUUCGCAGUGUCUGGAGUGUUCCAUUUUUCUCUCUUCUAUUGCCUCCUGGUCUCUCUGAGAUGCAGCUGGUAACCUUGUUUUCAUUUCGCUAAUAAACGUUACUUCUGCAGCAUAA